ACCAAAAAAAAAAUAUUCAUUCGACACGACGAUCGAGAUAAACCAAAGAGAUCGCAAUUUUUUUUCUGUGAAAACUGAAUCUCAACACCACUAACGAUUACAAUCGAGAAUUCCGUUGCAAAUUGCGGUGUUGCAAUUUCGGAAAAGUCAUCUAUUUUUAACCCAGGCAUUGAGAAUGUUUUUCUAUAAGUUCUUCCUGUGCAUUUUUCCGGUAGUUUAGCAUUUCUUUUGAGUAGAAUGCAUUUAUUUUCGAAUUUAUUUAAUCUGGAUUUGCAUCAACAAAAUCUUAGCGACACAUCGAGCGGAAUUAGACUUCAGCGAUCCUCUACGAUUAUAAAUACAGACUUUUCACACAUUGAAUUUCUACCACGCGCCUUAAGAAAUGUAAUUUUUUAAAAAGAAGAUGGCUUUGAAAGUCGUCAACGGACUUCUACUCCUUUGUUUACUUCAGAUUUUGAACGAUUUCAAUGGAAUAUAUGGCUUGUCGAAUCGUCGGCUUCAGCGACCGAAGUCUUUGAAAGGAAAAUUAUCCGAUCAUGAAAACUCUAGACUACACGAGAAUUUGUUUGAGCAGCGCCAAAAUAUUCGUGGAUCUUCCUUUCUGGGAAAAACUGCGGGCAAAUCGCAACAGACGGAGAAUUUUUUCAAAGCUGAAGACAAUGAGGAUGGAAAUUCGCUGAUAAACAUGAAGAAAUUUCUAAACAGGCCUUAUCACGGUGGAGAAUCGACUAAAAAGGUGUAUUCUUCGCAGGAAGCAACACCAUCAUUUGUCCAAUCGGUUCGAAGAUUGAACAAGGACUAUGUAUUUCGAAACGUUGUUUACGACGACAACUUCAAGUCUUACGCAGUAGCCUACUCUCCAAAGGAACAUUCAGAAACUAAUUGGUACAUCACAGCUGUGGCCGGGGCUGUUAUUUUGGUAGUUGUUGUGGCCCUCUGCGUUCAUGUCCCUUGGGGUUGCCUGUGGGGGCGCCAAUGAAGUGAACACGAUGCCAGUUGUCCAAUCGCAGCUUCAGAGAAAGGAAUGUGCGGAAAAUGUAUGCUGCACAGAAAUGAAACCACAAACACCAUGACUUAUAGCGAAAAACCGCAUCACGCCAGUGUUACCAUGGCUACCAGCAACAAGCAUCAUCGAGCAAGUUCAGGGAGCUUUUAUUCACAGAACUCUUUGCCACAUAACACUAAACAACAUGGGAAACUAAAUCAAGCCAAAAGUAAAGUAUCAAGCUUGUUUAAGGGAUCACACGGAAGCCACUUUUACGAGCCUGCAGGAUAUCGUUACAAACGCCUGAGAACUACAGAAAAAAAUGAAUCACAGCACACCAAUUAUGAACCUGAAUGGACGAGUAUUGGUGCCUUUUUGAAUCGAAGACCCAGCAGUUACGGAAGCACGAGAGAAUCUAAGGAAAAAUUUGUGGAUCGCUAUGGAAGACGGUCACGUGAUUCACUUGACGCAGACGACGAGGUGGUAGAGUACGCCCUAAAACUCCGGCCCCGGAGACGGCAGAUGAUAGAGCUGCAAGAGUUCCCCCUGGGAUUUUCAAAGAGCUAUCUAAACAUCGACUUAGAGUCUGACCCCGGGGUUGUUUUUGACCCGUGCCGGGAUCAACUGCGCAGGAAGAAGACCAAGGCUUCCGGGAGAUUGACUUUCUCUGACUCUGAUUUAAGAAAGCUCUCCUGUAUGGACAAACUUGGAACGUACAAUGAUUCGGAAAAUCUGUUUGAUGGUGGAAAAAAACGGAGGAAGAGCAGUUUGAAAACAGGAUCUAGAAAAGGAAAGUCAAAUGCAAAAGUUGUGACCUUCUUUCCAUCUAACUUGAGCUACGAUGCACAAUUUGUUCAAAUUCUCCCAAGAGACAAAAUGGCGGAAACUAAAGAGGGAGAAUUCGAGAAACGUUUCAUUUCUCUUCAUCGCGAACCUCAAAAUAGUUUAUCACGUAUUGACACCAAGGCCACACCCAGCCUCAACCAGACCAAGGCUGGUUUUAAUGAUCUUAGGAAAAUCGCUGGGAACACAAAAGAUGAGUUUCCUUUCACUGACAGCCAAAAGGCAAAAACCAAAGAACAUGCCAUAGAUUGUGACAUGAAUGUGCAAAGUUUCUACAUGGAGGAUAAGAGAGAUGAAAUGCUACAAACACGUGACUGUGCCAGCUCCUACAUUAAUUACGGUUGCAGAUCUUCCACAGAAGUCUUAACUGAGUCUAAAGAAAAACUGACUGGCAAUUUUGAGUCGCUAUCAAGUUCAUUUUCAGAUUUGCAGAAGAGUGAUCGCGUUUACAAGCCGGAGCCAUUGGCUGGACUGCUCUCCCCAGUUCGCAGAGCAAGUCCAAAGAGAGGUACCAGAAAGGAUAUCGUGACGUCACAGGCUGCGGGAGACUUGGUCUGUGUUAGUUCAUACGUACAACCGCUGAGUUUAGGAAGCCCCAAGAGAGCAGCGUCUAACGGAUGCAAUAUCUAUCAACCCCAACUUGAUGAUACGAGGCCAUUUCAAUCCCACAAAUCACAAAGUGACUUUGAACAGGAGAUGUUGCGCAUGGAAAAAACGUCAUGUUAUGAUUCCCUUCAGCAAUAUCCAGAAAAGGAAACAAGAACUGAGAGCUGAAAGGAUGUAUCAUGAAAUCAUAAGCUGAAUUGAGUUGAUUCAAAAUCGAUUUACUCAGGCUAACCGGAUAAUGCAAUUUAUCGUGUUGCGAAAGUGUGACUGUCAGUGACUUGGCAGUGUAGACAAAAAUUAUUUCGGGCUAUGAGGAUUAUUUUUCCAUUGACAAAUCUCUAAUUUCAGUAGCCAUUUUAGAGGAGAUCUGUCUGGCCCUGAUCAGCUGUAAACGAUCAGAAAUUACGAUCAAUUUAGCAAGUUUCACAAGUUCUUACUCAUCAGGUCUGACUGAGACUUAAUGAGAUCCUGCCAUGCCUAGAUUCAGCUGGAAGGGACCAUGAAUGAAGAAUAAAGACUCACCUCAAAAUUUC